AUGCAGAACGUCUCGAUUCGUUCCGCUACCUUCCCACAGUGCUACCUCCGUAUCGACGGCAGCGGCAUAUCUUCCUUCCAGGGAAGGGGAGCUGGGACUGUCAACUGUCAGAACUACGUUGGUCCUUACGAGACCUUGAACAUCAUCAAUCAACCCGGUCAGCCUAAUGACGUUUUUUCAAUCGCCUCGACCGCGUUUUCCAACGUCUUCCUCCGCAUGGACUCCGGAGACGUCCACGGUUUCAGUGGCAACGGUGAUGGGACUGUCAAUUGUCAAUUCGGUGCCGGACCGUACGAGCUCUUCCGCUUGGAGAGACAACCAGACGGCACCCAGGCCAUUGCCUCUGUGAACUUUCCCGGCACGUAUCUUCGCGUAGACGGUCGCGGUGUUCAUGCGUCAAGCAGUGGAUCUGGCAAUGUCAACUGCCAAGGCAGUGUUGGGCCUUACGAAAAGUUGACAUUAUGGAUGCGGCAGCUGGACCAUUAG